AUGAGCGGGCAGAAGAAGGGCAAGGACAGGGCGGAGCACUUCCGGGAGUACGUGACUGCCCUGAACCAGCAGUUUGUCAACUGGUGCACGGGGCAAUGGGAGCGCAAGCCCAAUCUGUUUUGGAGCAGUGGCAUGCAUGACUACCUGCGCCACACCGCCAAGAUCCGUCGGGAGUUCCAGGACAUCCUCACCGACCACACGGAUGCCAACGGAACUCCCAUCGGGUCGUCCCCCACCAACCUCAUGGACGCCCGACCGGCCAAGUACGAACCCCAGCUCAGCCUCAUGCCCAUCUGCCACACCAAGACCAUCCACUUCAUUCGGCAUGGCGAGGGCUUCCACAACAUUGGCAUCAACACCCCUGACUCCCACCUCACGCCGGUGGGGUGGAAGCAGGCCCACACCCUGGCGGUGCACAUGGCCUCCAACCCUCCAUGCAACAGUGUCCAGACGGCGGCGGGCGUGUUUGGCUUGCCGCACCUCCCCCAGACCAUUGCCCCGCCGCCCGACGAGGAGGACGGCAUGGACUUAGGCGCCCCGCUGCCCGACCAGCUGCUCAUGCGCGCCCAGACGGGGGAGCCCAACGUGCGCGCCGAGCACGCCGCGCUUUACCUCCCCCCCGGCGUCGCCUUCGUGGCGCACGAGCUCUGCCGCGAGCGCCUGGGCCCCAGCCACUGCGACCAGCGGCGGGCGGUGAGCGAGGCCGGCGCCGCCUUCCCGGGCGUCGACUUUUCGCUGAUCGAGAGCGACGCCGACGAGCUCUGGUCGCCGGGCCUGGUGGAGGGCGAGGGCCAGGUGGUCAAGCGCGGCAUGAAGUUCCUGCAGUGGCUGAUGACGCGGCCGGAGACCAACAUUGCGGUGGUCACUCACUCCGCCUUCCUCUGGUUCACGCUCACCUGCUUCGGCAACGAGUAUGCACGCCCCGUGCGCGAGAACCUGCAGCGCUGGUACGAGAACGCGGAGGCCCGGACACUGAUCCUGAGCGACGCGGGCGGGGCCGCCGUGCCCGACGUCACCUGGUUCAAGGGCGGCGAGGCGGCGGCGGCCGGGACGGCCUGA